GCUACGGCGAGCGGCAGUUACAGUCGGUCGCUACGCGCGCUACGAGUGUUCGCGACCACGUAAUGUUGUGGUGUUCGUUCGCGCUCUUGGCACUGUUCGCCACCGUCCAAGGACGAGCGGUGAACAUAAGCAACACAUGGGUGCUGCCUGAGGAAGGGUUCCCGGUGUUCUACCGCUACUUCAGGGACCGCAUCUCAUGGUAUGAGGCUGAUGCUGUCUGCCAGUUCCAUCAUGCCAACCUUGUCACAGUUGAUACAACGGCGCAGUACGAUGCGGUGCGCGCCUACCUCAAAGAGCUGGAUAUUUCGAGCGCCGUGUGGGUCGGCCUCAUCCGCAGUAAUCCUGAUGGAGACUUCACAUGGACUGACUACCGUGGUCUAAGCGGUGAUGGGUACUGGAGCUCCGCCCCCGACGCGCGCACAGCCCCGCUCUGCGCAGCCGCCGACCCUGCUGCCGACUACCGAUGGGAAGCACGGGCCUGUGGAGGACCCACUGUCGCUUCAUUCAUCUGUGAACUACCUGUGCCUCAGUGGGCGUUAGGAAAUGAAGGAUGCAUGGUGCGAGCUUUGCCGGCGCUGACGAUCCUAUACCUGCCUGAAAGUGCUGCGGUCCAACUAACUGCUGACUGCGGCUUAGCUGGUGUUAAACGUGUGCAGUGCACUGGCAAUGUGAAACGCGAAGAUCUACUAAAAGACUUAUCAUGUACAGAAGAAGAUGAAAUAACUAGCACUCCCAACUUAACAUCUAUGGGUAACACAUGGCCGGUAUCUACUGAUGCAACGUUUACUGAUCAAGAAACAACAACAACAGAAGGCACUACUGAAGAAAAUCUCACAACUGAACAUGAAGACGAUAUAAAUCAGUCUACUACUGUUACAUCGACGUCUACUACACACAACCUUAAUGUUGUAAUGGAACAUAAAUCACCAACACUUCUUAAUGUCAACAAAUUAAACAGACUUAACUUCGACAAGAACAUUGAUUUAGGUUUGAUGCAAAACAAUAACUUACAAAGUAACUACAUUCCGAAAAUUGCAAACAGCGAUAACUACAUUACAAAUGAAGAACUGGAAAAAAUGGAAGAUGAAAAACAUAUGCAACACAAAAUGUUGCACGAAGAAAUUGCAAGACUUGGUAAUCUUGAAAAUAUAUUUACUCAACCCACAGAUCAUUUUGUUCCUCCGUUAGUAAUGGCGAAGGCUAAAAUCAGUGAUGAUAUGACCGUUUUGUCUCUACAAGAAAAACAUGCACAACAAAUAGCAGAACAACAUUACUACAAGCAAGGUAUUCAAAAUGGACAAAAUGAUCAUGUUUACCAGAACAUUAUUAAGUCCACAACACAACAACCGAAACCAUUAAUUCUAGGACAAGAAGUAACAACAAAAAAUAAAGAAGAUUCGAAAAAAGACAAGCCUAAGUCUAUUAUGCCGAAAAAAUAUAUCGAGAAAAUAUACGACCCUAAAAGUAAGCCGCAAAGAACCGUUGAAACAAAAAUAGGAACAGUCGAAAAAGCUGUGCCAUCUACAAUGCCUACGGAAAUAACAACUAAACAAAGUGAAACUACGCCGAUGACUCAUUUCCAUAAAAUGGAUGACGAUUCUGCUCUCGACCUCACAGUUUUCCUAAAGGAUGAACCAGAACUACCAAAAGAGAAAAUUCCUUUCCCCAACUACACCGGAGAUGUAUCUAAAUUGGAGGUCAUAACAAACAUCACAUCCAAUAACGAAACUGAAAUAAAAUUAGUAGAUGUGGAGGCUACCGAAGAAGUUAAACAUGAAAUUCCUAUCAAAACAUUUGAUGAAUCCACUCAAAAUGUCACUUUGAAUCACGAGGUUGUCAAAAUUACUAUAAUUUCUGAAAGCCACACAACUGAAGCUCCGACUACAUUUGAAAUCACUACUAGAGUACCAAUUGUUCAACAAACUACUGUGAACAGUGUAGUAUCGACUACUCAUAAAGAAUUUACUGAUGAAAUUAACAACAAAACCGAAUUGUUACCAACUACUCAGCCAAAUGUAGGUACGACUGAGCUAUACACAGCAAAACCUGUCGUGGAUGACUCUAAUGCCACGGGAAUAUCCGUGUCCACGAACAAUACCGCUGCUUUUGUACAUACUGAGUCAACGGAGAGGACACCAAGUACAACCAAAGAAGUGCCUGUGACAACCACUACUGAAUUAAAUAACAAUACUAGUACUCAGAAUAAUCUGCAGCAACACGUUUCUUCGACGGCUGCUCCUGCUGUAGUAGAACUGAAUCAUAAUAUCUACAUAGAAAGUUUUAGUGAAGAGACCCAUGAUGAAUUUGGUUCAAUGAACAAUUCGACAGACGCAAUAGAUGAUUUCCAAUCUCCGUUACUUUCUGGAGCAAAUGAACCGUUGCAUCGACCCAACAGAUCUCGAAGGCCACAACAGCCAAAUCGAAAUAAGUUCAAUCCAUUUCGCAUAUUAGGUUAGAUAUUAAAUAUUCAUACUGCAAUUACCAUUUUAAUGAAUUACUGGUGAUGACUGAACAAAAUCCUUAACAUCUAACGUAAUUAGUUAUAGUGGGUCACGGUCACAUUAUAAAUUGUGAUGGCACGGUGCACGUAGUUCAUUUAUAUUAAUAUGUUUUAACAUUUAGUCAUCUAUCGGAUGAAACGCAUGCAAAUCAUAGUCACAAACAUGAACAUUAUGAAUGUCAGCUCGGGUACGGAUUUCCGUUAUUACCAUAUUUAUCAAUAGAUACCCUCGUAGUCUCAUAACAUAUUUACUCAUAAAGUCAUGUAUGUUUACGUGUAGGCUUUGUUCAAAAUAUACUUAACUCGUUUUGAGAUUAGACUCAAUUAUGUAUCUAGUCUAUAACUUAGUCAAUUCAUGUUUUAGCAUAGCAUAGCUAUUUAACAUAAUGAACUUGUUUUGAAUAAAAAUUAAGUAUCCAUAGAUUUUCAGAUUUGCCAAAUUAUUGAAUCUUCAUAAUUAUACAUAAGUCUCACUAUGUGCGAGUACUAACUUACUCAUGGACAUUCAGACAGUCAAUGUACUUACAUAGUAGGUUAGUAGGUAAAAAUGGAAUUAUGCGUAACGAAAUUCACAAACCAUAUCAUGUUAGAAUAAGAGUUAGUUUAGAGAAAUUUUAUUUUUUAUGAAACCUAAGGUACAUUGUAAGAUUAUGCACAAGUGAAUCGUUGACAAAGAACCGCACUACGUGACAUGCGAAUUAAACAACGUAAAAACAUUUCAUGAACAACCGUCAUGUAGCUGCAACUCUUUGUAUUAUUUUUUUGUAUAAUAUGUAGUCCCCAGGUUAUGUAAUAAGAUUUUUUAAUAAAAUUGAUAAAACAUG